AUGAAUACACGAAGAACUCGAAAAGAGCCACGAGAUAACACAUCCCGCAGGACGGGCCCUUGGGAACCUCAGGAAGACGAAAAACUACUAGAGAUAGUAAGAGAAUUAGGAGUUAAACAUUGGAAACUCAUCGGAAUAAGACAUGGUCUACGUGAUGGAAAGCAAUGUCGCGAACGUAUUUCGUUCCAUACCACUAAUUUCCUUUCUCCAAAUAGAUGGCAUAACCACUUAAACCCUGAUUUAACAUAUGGACCCUUGACUCCAGAAGAGGACAAAAAAAUACUAUCAUUUUAUUCCGAAAUGGGCACAAAAUGGGCAGUGAUGAGUCAAUUAUUAGGAAGACCAGCUAAUUUAAUAAAAAAUCGGUAUUAUUCUUCACUGUCUAAAAAACGUGACCAUGUCGCGAUUGAUGAUUCAGAUGAUUCCACAAGUAGUACUUGUGCUUCCCCUAGACCAAAAAAACGUCGAAUUACUAAAGAUACUACUACUUCGGCUUCUCUAAGUAAUGAUGAAUCGUCACGCUAUUCUCAUUCUCGGAAAAAAUCAUUUAAACCAAUAUCGUUGGAAACUUCACCUGCUGAACGGUGGAUUCCUGAAGGCCAUCGUUAUCCAACACGUUAUCAAGUAAAUUCAUGGCAUUCUUUGAAGACUCCAAUUUCUAGUCCUGAAGCCGUAGACAUUCCAUGUCUUGAUUUGAACUGUCUUACUCAUAACUAUAAUCCUCCCUCAAAUAAAUAUAUUUCUAUCCCAACACCGACCUAUACGCCAAUACCGUCUCCUGUUCCAAUGUAUCGUCAUAAUCAUCAUCAUAAUUGUACAGCAGCUUUAGAGCAACUUGCAGACUUAGCAAUUCAGAAUGCAAGGUAA